AUGAGUGACCCCAACGCCUUCAUUAGCAAUGGGACGUGCUAUACGGCGCAGGGGGAAAAGUUGGAGGGGAGCUUUAUCCCGUGUGGCAACGAUGCGUUUGGACACCAGACCUGCUGUGGAGCAGGAGACAACUGUCUCGCUGACAACGCUUGCUUCGGUAUCCACGGUUCUGGUUAUGGUAGCUACUUGACAUAUUGGGCUGGGUGUACCGACCCAGACUACGAAGCCGCAACGUGUCCCAAGAAGGUCGUUGACCAGCCGUGGAUUGCCCUCACGCUUUGCGACAACAGCGAUGGUGAAUGGGCCAUCUGUUCGCAGGACGGAAACCCGUCGACCCUCCAGCCAGGCUCAUACUGCAGCUGCACCAAUGCUGCGUCGGCGACAGUGGCGUUCAGCGAUUCAAACACCCUUACUAGCAUAUGCUCGCUACCUAAAAGCACCGGACAGAGCAUACAAUUCUUCGUCGGCCAUUUUCCUAGCACUUCCUUACCCACUGCGCCAUCACAGGUAUCUGCUUCUCCCAGUCCUAGUGCAAGCGAUAGCUCCACUGGUGCAUCAGGCUCAGCAACAGCUACGUCCCGUCCAACUUCCACGAAAGCGACUUCUACAGAAGCUAGCAGUAGCUCGGUCACGGUAUUCACUGCAAGCGGCAAGACAUUCACGUCUUCAACUGCAGCCUCGACGACAUCUCCAACCGCCGGGGCAGGCGGAGCCAGCGGUGCUACCACUCAUUCAGGACUCAGCUCAGGGGCCAAAGUGGGCAUCGGGGUCGGUAUAGGCAUUGGUGUGGCGAUUCUUCUCGCCAUAUUAUUAGCCCUUUUCCUGCUUCGUCGUAAGCGUCGAAGGCGCUCGCAGUCAAGGGUUGAGGGCGGCGGCAACGGCCCCGGGGAAGCGCUCCCCGAUCCACAUCCAUCAGAAAAACCUCCCAGGUCUCCAAUGUCAACUGCGCCUACCGUCUAUGACGCGAACGGGCAGAAAAUGCCCGAGGCUGACGGGCGGACGGCCUUGCCUUGGGCUUUGAGGAGCGAGCUCGAAGGGACUCCGGCUUUGAGGAGUGAGCUCGAGGGUAGCCCGGUGACGAAGAAGGCAGACCCUGGUCCCAUUGCCGAGUUACCGGGGAGUGAGAACUUCGCGGGUGCGCAGGGGGCGGCCAACACGCUGGUCCAAGAAGCGAACCGCCAACUGGGUCCCGGAUGGAAAGGACCAUCGUUGAGAGUCUUGAAUAGUGGCGUUGGGAAGGAGUAUAUGCAGGCUUCUAGCUAG